GUCACCAAAAAUGGGAUACAUUAACUGGAGCUUUGUAUUUAUAACUGUAGCAGUUUGUACUGGCGCAGACCAAAAAAUCAAAUGUUCUCAGGAGAAGUACACAUGUAAUCCCACAGAUUUGAAGGAAGUUAGCAUGGAUAAUGGUAUGAAGAUGUCAUGCGAUGGAAAUACAGUUUGCAACAGUGAAUACCAAAAACCUUGUAUACCAUGUAUAGAAUCAAGUGAAGGUGGAUUUCUUGGUAAAAAAGAAGUUCUCUCAACUGAUUGCAAUGAUGGCAAUGGAAGCAACUUCCCAUGUAGAAGGCAUCCAACAGAUAGCAAAUUGUACAUCAAGUGUAAUCACUUCAUUUUCCGCUAUCAAAAGUCCAUUCAGCGAUGCACGGAUUUCGUUAAAAACGAAAAAAAUAACAACAAGUGCAAAUUAUUAGAUGUUUGCCUGUAA